GGAAUAUUUCACAACACUUGACAAUUGUUAUAGGCCACACGGCUGCAGCAAAAAUUGAAAAUAAUGAAAAUCCAGUUUGUCGCGUUAACUAUUAUUGUCAAUCAAUUUCGUUACAAAGUGGAAAUUCUAUAGCCCUUCGUAGUUUAGCAAAGUUUGCAAACCACCGCUAAAGGCCGAAGCAAAAGAAAAAGUGAAAAUUAAAUCUGAUACCCUUUUUUCAUUUUUCUUCUCUUCUCUUUACACACAUCGUUCCUCGUUCGUUUCUCCUAUUGGUGGUGUACUACAUAUAUAAAUUAAAAAGAAAUGAAAUGAAAAAAUCGGCACAUAUUGUUUGUUGUGCAGUAUCUAUGUGUGUAUAAAUUUACAUACACAUAUCCCUCUAUGUAUGUAUUUCAGUGAUGAAGAGCGCGCAGUUUUCAUUUCGGGUUUCCUUUAAAUACAUUUCUUUUUUUUAUUGUGCUGAGAAUUUUUAGCCGCGCGUCUUUAUGUGUGAGAGUGUGUGUGUGUGAACGCGUAUAGUGUCUUAAAUGUAUGUGUUCGUGUGAGAGAGGGAGAACAAGAACAUAACAGAGGCAGCAACAGCAAAAACAACAACACCAUGCUGACUACAAAUUGUUACACUGGAAAUGCGCUGCUUGGCAGAAAUCGCGAUUAUGCCUAUGCCUUGUUGUCCUACGUUUGCUUCGACGACUAGUACAAGAAUCUAUAACCAGGCUAUUAUAUCUUCUAAUAAAUAGUAAAAAUCGCAUAGAGCAAAAACUCUAUCCUACCACAUCACAUUACACAUAGGGAGGAGUGAGAGAAGGAACACACAUGCCAACAUGCCACGCCUACGCAACGAGGAGUCGGAACAAACUCAAUACAAAGAUGGCGAUGUCGUUUGGGUCAAGAUUCACAACACAGAGAUAUGGUGGCCCGGUGAGGUCACCUCAUCGCAGGAUUUUCGUUUUGUCAACACAAGUCGGCCACCAUUUGCCGUUGUGGCCUUCUUCAAUGAGAAGACCUUCGAGCAAGUGCGAUCACCGAAAUUGAUAUGUCCCUUUCAAUGUGAUCUUAAGGAUCAAUUCAUACAACGUGGCACGAAAAAAGCCGUUGGUCUGCAUAUGAAAGAGAAAUUCGCAGAUGAUGUGAAUAUAGCAGAAUGUCGUAUGAAGCGGCAAACCACAUCCAUGUCGACGAGCUCGUCUUCGAUGGAUGUUGGAUAUCCAACAUCACGACCGGAUAGUUUGAUCAAAGCUUUGCUGUCGAGCAGUUGCAGUAAUCGAAGUAGCAGUACACGUGAUUCAAUUGCUGCAUCAUCGAUAACAACAAUCACAACAGCAACAACUGGAACAGGAAUAGGAGGAGCAUCAACAUCAUCAUCAACAGCAACAACAACAUCUGGACAAAAUGAGCCCACAUUCCGGAUUAUGGAUAUUGGCGGUGGGGGAAGUAACUCGAAUGCAUCCUCUCAAGAACGUCGGAGCGAUGUGACCAAUUAUGAUUGCAAUUUAUGUAGCUUUCGUACAAAUAGUAUGAGUGUAUUGCUAAUCCAUCGUCGCGUCCAUUUGGAGCAGAGACCAUCGCACGAUGGAGGAGGUGGUGGUGGAGGAGGACCAAGCAGCAGCAGCGCCGCCAGUGGCAGUAGUCACACCAGCGGCCAUAGACUUGGUCUUGGCCAGCAUUCGAGAGCGGCCAGACGAGCAAAUACCACGAAUUUGAUAGAUUCUCGUCCGCAUCAUUAUACGCAUCAUCAACGUUCCCACCAUCACCAGCAGCAUUCGGAGAGCAGAAACCGUUCGAUUGGCAGCGCAAAGUUUCUGCGCAAUUCCCUACGUUGCCAUUCACGGCAUGUGUCCAUUCAGGUGGAGGGUGUGCUCUCGGACGAGGCCCAGCUAAUGGUGGCCUCGAUAGCGCAGAGGACAAUGGAUUCCAUUGAGCGUGUGGUGGAGCCGAGAGACACGGAUAGUAGCUCAUCGCCCAUGUCGUUCCUGGAUCACGCCAGAGGUCACCACCAGGUGGUAACGCAUCAACAGCAAAGUACCCAGACCAAGACUACAUCCGCCGUCUCUGCGAGCACCCAAUUAAGUUUACGGAGUCCGCGACGACAACGCUCGAAUCAAUUAAGGGCUACAAUGCCCGCUCCAAUUCCGGCCACACCGGAUCUUCUUGCCCAUCCCGGACCAUCCCCAUCCAAGCAGCGACGUCUCACACGCUCAAUGAGCCGCCGUCAACAGGAUGCAACGCCACCAACUGGGCCACCGAUAGAAAGUCCCACAUUAAAGCCCAAUUUAACGAUACCAAUAACGGCAACACCAAGACGCAGUGGUAGCCGCCGAUCGACAACAAACAAUAGACCGAGAAAUCUAAUGAACACAAUAACAACGCCGACGACGCCGCAGCACGAACCAGAGACGCCGCCAGUGCCGGUGCCGCCGCCACCUCCUCCACCACCGGCAACAGUUGUGGAGCAGUUGAAGCCGACGCCGACAAUGACACCUUCAAAAACGCGCAACAGGAAGAGAACACGUGAGAUUUCGCCAAUGCAGGUGACGGCGUCUGUGCCACCGGCUCCGCCACCGCCGCCGCCGCCCCCGGAGACGCCUGCAGAUGGAUCACCCAUGGAUUUGGAACUCCCAGAGCCGCUUCCCUCAUCUAGCACAUCAGUUCGGACACCACCAAUGCGUGAUAAUAUUAAAUCAAAACAUGUUUCAUCACCAAGAAGACCAGCAGCACCACUAGCAACCACUCCGCAAGCGUACUCAAGCCCUCCAAUGCAAAAGAAUCUCCCACUGAAGCCAGCCUCAUUGGAGCUACAGAUGAGUUUAUUAGCUGAAUGGUGUGAUGAUGAGACAGAAGAGCAAUGGCCAACAACCACCACCAGCACUAGCACCACCAAUGGUGAGGAGGAGGAGCAGCAGGAACAGAAGAAACAACAGGAGGACAAGUCAAAGCAGCAACAGUCAUUGGAGAAGGUGAAUGAUUCAGAAGUGGAAACAAAGACGGAAACGGAAGAUCAAUCGUUGGCUAAGAAACUUAGUCUGCUAGCCGAAUGGCAGCAUGAUGAUGAUGAGCAGCAAUCCAAAGUCGAACGGACGACAACGAGCAAAUCGAAUGGUGGUGACCAAGAGAUGACGACUAUAGCAACCAAAAAGCGUAUACGCAAUAUACCAAAGAAGGAACGCCGAAAUGUGUUGACACAGCAGCAGCAACAGAAACGACAGCAGCAGCAGGCACAUCAUGAUGGCGAGGAGCGGAAGGAUGGUAAUACCAAUGGCGAUAAAGGAGCGGCAGACAAGGAGGAGGCGGCGGCGGGUGUAAGCAAAGUUGAUGCUGAGCCUGAUGCUGCUGCUGCGGCGGAGACCACAUCAGAUGAACCAAUUGUAAUACAGGACAGUGAUGCCAGUUCCAAUGAGAGUGUCGUCUUUAUUGAGGCUGAACCACGGCAACGUGGAAAAGUUCCACAUUUAGCUGGAGCUGCUGAAACUGGAACGGGAGCUGGAGCUGGAGCAAGUGCAGCAGCCACAUCAUCACAGCAAUCGUCCCCAUCGAAGGGAAAUAAUAAUAAUAAUACAUCAGCUUGUUGCUUUGACUUUGAGGACGAAGAUGAAGAUGAAAUUGAACAGCAGCGACGACUCCAACAGCAACUACUCGAUGGACAAAAUGGAGGUCUCAGUUAUCGCAAUGCCAGUGCCAAUGUUAGCGCCAACAAGCGUCAGGAUAAUAAGCAAAGCACCACUGAAAUGUCAGCCGCCGAGCCACCCGAUGAAUUCUUUAAGGGAUUCGAAGAGGACUUGGAGCGAGCAGCCAAUGCCGCAGAUGCUGAGACAGAGUCAGCUCUGGAUCAGCAGCAACACAAAGAAGACGAGCAGCCACAGCAGCAGCAGCAGCUGCCACUUAAUUUACCCAUUAAAGAGAGGCAAAAGAGGAUAUUCAAAUCACGCAACAAGUCCCAACUGGCCACCACUCCAUCCAAAGAAGAGGAGCAAGAACGGGAGACGGCACCCGAUACAGAGCAAGAUCAAAAAGAGGAGCAGGAGGAGGGGCGCCAGCAAGAGCAAGAGAAAGGACAUGAUGCCUCCUCCUUUAGUCAUAAUAUAUUGCAAAUUCAGAGACAGAGCACCACAAAUGGCAACAAUUUCGUAGUGUACUCCAAUGGAGAUGAGGGUGAAACAGAAGCAGCAGCAGCAGCAGCAGCAGCAGCAGCAGCAGCAGCAGCAGCAGCUGCUGCUGACAUAACUGAAGCCGGCGAUAGUAGCAGCCGUAGCAGCAAAUCCAAGACUGAUGAACAUCCAAAAUCCAAAUCCAAGUCAAAGGGGGGUGUUAAUAAGGGUAAGGGCAAAGGCAAGAGUAAGAAUAAAAAGAGCAAGGGCGGCAAGGGCGGCAAGGGAAAGUCAAAGGUAAAAGCAAAGACCAAGUUGAAGUUAUCAUCGCCCCCGCCACCGUUACCCCCUCUGCCCCCUCUGCCGGCGGCGACUAUAUUCUCAACACCCACACCCACACCCGAGGCGGAGGAGUUGAGCAACAACAAUAGCAACUCCUCAUCCACAUCGAAUUGUAGUGGGAUUAUAUCGCCAGUGCUUAGCUAUAGCACCAGUUGUUCGGUUGCCUCCAAUAUAGCGGUCAUAUCGCCCGAAGAGGCUAGGGAAUUGCAACGAUCUGCAUCAGAUGCUGGUGGUCUAGAUCCAACCAAUAUUGUUGAUGCCACACAGCCAAUGCAGCGAGGUGGUGUCCUGAUAUUAGAGGAUAUACGGUUACCCAAUUUGUAUCAGCCGGCAGCGGUUCAAACCUCUACUGACAGCAAUGAUAGCAGUAAGCAACAGCUGCAUCUGCAGCAGCACCAACCCCAACAACAACAACAACAACACCAACACCAUCCCCAACAAAUGGAGGAUGAAGAUGAGGAAGAAACAGCCACAACAACAACAGCAACGACUUCAACAGAGGCAGAGGCGGAACAGGAAAUGGAAUUCGAAACGGAGGAGGAAGAUCACCAACAACAACAGCAUGACCAAGUCCCACAAGAGUUAUCUGAAAGGAAGGAACGGACUGACAUCCCCAUGGCUACAGCUUCCACAUCCAAGAAGUCAGUCGCCCAAUAUGCAGUACCCCAGCCACGUGAGGGUUUACUUAAGAAGCGGGAACAGGAGCUAUUACGUAGAUAUCGCGCCGAUAUGGUCAGUGGGCGAAGUGCCGAAAUGUGUCGCAGGGUUCGUGAACGUUGGAGUCGUUCGUCGCAGAAAUCCAACGAGGAUGACGAUGACUCCUCCUCGCCCCCCAGUCCAACGAAAAGGGGUCCCAAUUUGCCAGGGGAGGAUUAUCAACAAGAAAUGGCCAAUAUGGAAUUAUAUCCCCAAGAUUACAUCAAGGAGCGUAACCUAAAGAGUCUACCCGUGCCACCGACAUCGAUGAUGAUGAUGACAAGCCAAACCUGCCAAGUUAUCACACCACGUAAAUCCUGCGGAACACUUAACAUGUGCGACAAAGAUGUAGCCAUUGCCCAUCAGCAGUUGGUGGAUUUGCGUCAACGUCGUCUCCAACAGCAGCCAUCACCAGCGACAUCCAUACAGCAGCAGCAGGAGCAACCAUCCACACGUCGCCAGCGUCGACGAUCGCGUCAUGCGAGCAAUGAGAGCACCAGUAGUCCCGGAGGAGCAGCAAGUGAGGUUAAUGCGGCAGAAGAAAUCACCACCGCAUCGACAACGACAACAUCGACAGGAGGUGAUUCCACCUCGCAGAAGGAUCAACAAGAUGGCAUAGAAAAUCCACCUCAGCUGUGCGCUGGACGCAUCUGUGCGGUAACCACACGACCCAUUCCCGGUUAUAGUCACACAUUCAUGCUCUGCUCCUUGGCCAAUAACAAUUUCACGCCCAUUAACAAUGUGGCCUUGUAUUUGGACAGUGAGAAGAAUCAUUUGGUGCCAGUGCCUAGCGAGGCUCUGACUGAACCACCACGUCUGGCCGAUGGUCACCCAUUGUCGGCAGUAUUUGCUGAUAUUGAUUUUCUGGGCGGUGAUGCAGUGGCUCAAGUGAUGGAACAACAGCCCAUCCAUCAGCUAAUCGAAGUGGAUCUAGAUGGAUCAGCAGCGUCGGCCGAGGCGGUUGCGGCAGUUGAGAACGAUCAGCAGCAGCAGCAGCAACAAAUGGAAAUCUUAGAUGGCAUUAUGUCACCCAUGAGUCAGGUGAACGAGGUGGUGGGAGUGGGCUUUGACGGCGGCGAGGAUGAAGAGUUAUCCCUGCACGAUGAACAAAUGCAUGCAAAUAUCCUCCAGUUGAAUGUCAAUGGACAUCGUCUCGAAUUGGAGCCCUCGAUGCUAUUCAGCAUUGCCGAGCAGCCGGAUUCCUGCAUUGAGGUGAAUGUGGCCGAAACCGGUGGAGACAGUGGCAAUUCAUCUACCGGGGAUAUUGGUGGCGAAGGCGGUGGCGGCGGCGGAGGUGGCGGUAGCAGCAAUGGUGGUUCCUCAUCGAUUUGUGGACGUGCCGUUUUACAUGCUCGUGAUAUAUUGCGUGCCGCUCAGGUCUAUUUGCAAGAGCGUGAUCUGCAAUUGGUCAAUGUGGAGGACUUGACUCUCGAUGAGGAUGAGGUGAGCGGCGCAGCUGUACAAGCAACAGAUCUCCUAGCCGAGGCCUUGGCCCACAGCGAAGUGGUGGACGAUUCUGCCUAUGCGGUGGUUGAUGAGUCAUCCAAUGCUGGCAUUGGAUUGCUUCACAUUGACACUCGCACUGCUCUGGCUGGUGGCGGCGAUGAAAUCGAAGAGGUGGUGGAUGAUCAGGCACAUGUGGUGGUUAGCAACAAUAGUGGUGCUGCUGGUGGUGGCAUAGCAUAUAUAACACAUACGCUCCCGCCACCGCCGCCACCAAGUACGGCGCAUUUAACGCCACCGAUAACGGCACGGACCAAUGAAACGAAUGCCCUGCUCGAUCAGACGCCCAUUAUGUCAGCCCUGGAGAGUCCGAGUACGGCAAGAUCUGUACAAUUGCGUCGUGUUGUCUCCCCUCUGACAGCGGGCAACACGCUAGACGACAGCCUGGCCGUGAUUGGGGUAACCAAUGUGAGUGCCACUGGAGUGCCCACAUCCUUGGAGCUACCCAUAACAGUAACGAAUCCAGCAAUUGCUCCAGCCCGUGUUAGUGUGACAGCGACGACUCCGAAUGUUGCAAAUGUUAACGAUUUGGUGCAAGUUCAAUUCUCACCCUUUCAGUAAUCACUGAGAACCAUCAACGACAACAACAACUACAUCCAAGGGCAAUAAUCGACGUCCAUUUAAAAGAUUUCAUCUGAAUUUUCUAUUUUCUUUUUUUUCC